UCCAGAAAAGUACCACAACAAAAAAAUGAUGUUCGUAUUUUUUAUAAUCUCGUUGUUAAUUUUUCACAUCGGAAUCGACUGCCUCUCGUAUGUUCCCGAAAGCGAACAAUUCCAAAAGCUCCAGGUUCGAACUUUAAAUGGAUUAAUACAAGGUGCGAUUGACAGGACCGAUUCGGGGGUAAGUUAUUUCAGCUUCAUGGGAAUUCCCUACGCUGUGCCACCGCUGGGCGAGUUACGAUUUAGGGAUCCACAGCCAAUGCCCAAGUGGUCCAAAGUGUUGGAUGCCAGAACUGAAGGUCCUUGUUGUAUAGGAAUAAGUACGUUCGAUUUAAAGGACUUUAAGAUAGUGCCUUCCGGGUCGGAAGACUGCCUCUAUCUCAGUGUCUUCACUCCAAAAAUCAAUGAAGGGAACUCCAACGAUAAUCUGUUACCCGUCUUGGUUUACAUAGUGGGAGGAGCGUUUUUGACCAGUUGCACCCCCAAAUUCGUCUUCGGUCCGGACUAUUUUAUAGAGAAUGGGGUCGUAAUAGUGACGUUCAAUUUUCGAACCACUAUGUUUGGAUACCUAAGCACGGAAGAUUUAGAAUGUCCCGGCAAUUGGGCGAUAAAAGACCAAAUAGCCGCACUAAACUGGAUUAAGCACAACAUCCACAAUUUUGGAGGCGAUCCCAAUAAAAUUACCCUUAUAGGCCAGAGUGCGGGAGCGGCCAGCAUAAAUCUCCUGUUAAUGUCUCCAAAGGCAGAAGGUUUAUUCCAAGGAGUUAUUAUGCAAAGUGGAUCGAGUCUGUGUCCGUGGAGCUACCAAAUUUCUCCUCGAAAAAUGGCGUUCGACAUUGGCUUCUCGCUCGGUAUAGAAACAAACAGCAGCAAGGAAUUAGUCAGCAUCUUUAGGAAGAUGGAUAUUCAAGAACUUAUGAGGGGUCAAAUACCUGCUAUUAUAGUAAAUUUUGCCCAAGUGUUAACAAAUGGAUUUCCUUUUUCGCUCUCUGUGGAACCCCAUCACGAAAACGCAGUCAUCACUGAUUACACUUAUAACCUAUUGGAGCGGGGAAACUUUACUAGAGUACCAGUUAUUAUGGGAGUAAACUCGUUGGAAAUGAAAUAUUUAAAAAUAUUUGUAGAUAUUAUUGGGAUGCCAGUCCAGUUUUUGGCAGACAUAAGCCCGGGAUCGCUGAUUCGCUUUACCAAAUCGACGAUCAAACGAAGAAUUGCGGGCAUGAAAAUUAGGUCGCACUUUUCGCGAUCGGAUGAAUUCGUUUCGUUAACUUCUGAGGAACUCAUUCAGUAUCUGUCCGGUGAUAUGUACUUUAGACCAAUGAGGAAAACGGCGACGUUACUGGCCAAAAAAAAUCCCGUAUACUUUUACGUGUUUUCUUAUGAAGGAGAACUGGCGAAACGAGGAGCAAGUUUAUUCGCCAGAUCUCCCAGUAAAGAUGUGAAAGGUGUUGGACAUACUGAAGAAAUUUUUUAUCAAUUUAAGACCAACUUUACCGGACCCGUUUCCAUCAGGGAUCAAACAACAAUUAACAGAUUUAUGAAACUGUGGAUAAACUUUGCUAAAACGGGAAAUCCCACCCCAGCCAAAGACGAUGACUUAAGUGCAAUAAUUUGGCCAAGAGUUUCAUCUGUAAAAUUUCCCUACUUAGACAUUGGUGCGGAAUUGAAAAUAUCCGACAAAAAUUUCGACGAAAAAAAUUACAGAUUUUGGGAGAAACUCUAUCAACAGUUUGCUGACAAACCGUACAAGUCUUUCUGAUAAAGAAAAAAACAUUAAAUGAAUAAUGAUUUUUAAAUUUUAUUUAUUUAUUUAUAUUAAAUUAAUUUGAAUUUAACGUUUAAUUUUGUAAUUUUGUGUUUCUCCUAAAUCGCUUACCUAAAAGAGUAUGGGAGUUGUAAAAAGUGUUUGCAAUAAAA